AUGCCAAGAGAGGAGAAGGAACAGCGAGACAGGGAGUUGACAGUGAGGCAGGAGGGAUCAGCAGUAGAGAAGGGUGCACUGAGGGAGGGAUCAGCAGUAGAGAAGGGUGCAGUGAGGGAAGCAUCAGCAGUGGAGAAGGGUGCAGUGAGGGAGGGAUCAGCAGUGGAGAAGGGUGCAGUGAGGGAAGCAUCAGCAGUGGAGAAGGGUGCAGUGAGGGAGGGAUCAGCAGUGGAGAAGGGUGCAGUAAGAAGCAUCAGCAGUGGAGAAGGGUGCACUGAGGGAGGGAUCAGCAGUGGAGAAGGGUGCAGUGAGGGAGGGAUCAGCAGUGGAGAAGGGUGCACCGAGGGAGGGAUCAGCAGUGGAGAAGGGUGCAGUGAGGGAGGGAUCAGCAGUGGAGAAGGGUGCAGUGAGGGAAGCAUCAGCAGUAGAGAAGGGUGCACCGAGGGAGGAUCAGCAGUGGAGAAGGGUGCAGUGAGGGAGGGAGGGUGGGAGAAGCAGUGGAAGAUCAGCGGUGGAGAAGGGUGGGAGGCAACAGCAGUGGAGAAGGGUGCAGUGAGGGAGGGAAGCAGUGAGGGUGCAGUGAGGGAGGGAUCAGCAGUGCAGAAGGGUGCACCGAGGGAGGGAUCAGCAGUGGAGAAGGGUGCACCGAGGGAGGGAUCAGCAGUGGAGAAGGGUGCAGUGAGGGAGGUAUCAGCAGUGGAGAAGGGUGCACUGAGGGAGGGAUCAGCAGUGGAGAAGGGUACACUGAGGGAGGGAUCAGCAGUGGAGAAGGGUGCAGUGAGGGGGAUCAGCAGUGGAGAAGGGUGCAGUGAGGGAGGGAUCAGCAGUGGAGAAGGGUGCACUGAGGGAAGCAUCAGCAGUGGAGAUGGGUGCAGUGAGGGAAGCAUCAGCAGUGGAGAAGGGUGCAGUGAGGGGGAUCAGCAGUGA